AUGACUACUACCACAAAUCAAGAGAUCAACUUUACAAAUUACUUUGGCACAAAUAAUGGAGCAGAGCUGGAGAGUAAAAAGAAAAAGGCAUCUAGAGCAUGCCUUCAUUGCCAAAGGGCACAUUUAACCUGUGAUGACUCUAGACCUUGUCAACGAUGUGUGAAAAGAGAUUUGGCAACUACUUGCACAGAUGCUGUACGAAAAAGAGCGAAAUACCUACAGGACAUUCCAGUAGACGAGUUAUUUAAUACAUCAAACAACAGCAGCAAUCGGCCUACCACCUCUUCUGCCGCUGUUCCAUCAUCGUCCACCGCUUCUUACAGUAACCCAAUGGUGGAUAACACUGCAGCAUAUUCAACUACUGCUGCCACAUCAAAUACAUCAGAAUUGUUUGAUUUUGCAUUGUCUGAUCUCAACUUUGGAUCAACUACCAUUGGAUUGGAAUACGGAUUUCUGGGUAACAUGUUACAAAACCCGUUGCUGGAUUUGGACACAGCUACACCUACGAGUGCUCCUACGACAACUGCCCCAAUGCAUCUAUCGACUAUUGGCAUGCAGCAAAUGAUGGCCAACAAUGGGUACUCAUCUUCUGUGUCUCCUGCAAGUACAACAACUUCAGUGCCAUUCUACAAUAUGGCAUUUAAUCCUCAAAUACGGCACCAACAGCAGCAGCAGCAGCAGCAACAACAACAACAACAACAACAACAACAACAACAGCAGCAGCAACAACAACAACAACAACAACAGCAGCAGCAGCCCAUUACACCUAUUCCUAAUAAUAGCAGAUCUUCUCCACUUUCAGACACUACAUCGAUCCUCGGUAUGAAACGCCCAAGCAACGCAUCCUCAGUAACAUCUGCAUCCGGUAGAAGAAAAGGAUAUGGAAAUACACCUGAAGAAACAUAUACCGGGGUAAAGAGACCCUUUAAUUAUGCAGAAGGAUUUCACUACCUUAUUCAACAUGUCCGGGACAAGAUGGGCAGAGAUGACCUGAUGAGGAUAAGUAGAGCAUUGGCCUUGUUCAGACCCUCCUUUCUAGCGCUCAUUAUGAACUUGACAGAAGAGGAUUUGGUCUUUAUGGAGAAAUGCUUGCAGCGAACAUUAUUGGAAUACGAGAAAUUGAUCAGUUUUUCAGGAACACCGACAGUUGUGUGGAGAAGAACAGGAGAAAUAUGUCUUGUUGGGAAAGAGUUUUCGCUAUUAACACAAUGGACCAAGGACAUGCUACUGGGGAAAAAGAUUUACAUUUACGAGCUGAUGGAUAGUCAAUCAGCUGUGGAAUAUUGGGAAAAGUUUGCUACACAUGCAUUCGAUAAUACAGAUAAAUCUUGUGUCUAUUCAUGUAUCAUCAAGACACCGCAGCAGAAGCCUGUGCCUUGCACAUUUUGCUUUACCAUCAAACGAGAUAUAUUUGAUCUGCCCAGUGUUAUUGUUGGCAAUUUUCUACCCAUACUCAGCUAA